AUGUGCCAAAAGAUGGUGACAUUGAAAAAGGACGCCGUGAUGAUAGAGAGCGAGAAACAAAUAAACGUCGUGACUGACGGGAAGUAUAAUCGAAACGGUCCAAAGUGGCAAAUGAACCGCGGUAACGGAGCAACGCAACGUGAUAUGCAACCGGCUAAGUCCACUACAAAAUGUUGGCUUUGUGGUGAGGGGCACUAUGCUCAAAAGUGCACGUAUAGAAAUUACAAGUGCAGGCAGUGUCAAAAAUAUGGUCAUAACGAAGGGCACUGUGGGGCAGCGGCACGUUUUAUCGCAUCGAAAACCCACAGCAAAGUGAGAACAGUCCUCGUGAACAUGGUCAACAGUAAGGGCAAAGGUCACGUGAACGUGAUAUUGAAUGGUGAGCCAAUAAAAAUGAUGGUGGACACGGGCGCUGAUAUUUCGAUUAUAUCAAUCGAGCAAUGGAGGACCAUAGGACAGCCUCCAUUGUGCCCGCCAUCCGUGAAGGCAAAAACGGCUUCGGGUAGCCAACUGAAAAUCCUAGGAGAAUUUUGUGCUCAUGUGGCUUUGAAGCAGCAAGUUAAACGAUGUACGAUGAGAGUCACUGAGGAGCCGCUGAUGUUACUAGGUGCUGACUUUGAAGGAUUAUUUAGGGAUUUUGAAGGAUUAUUUUCCCACGAGUUGGGGCACUGCAUGAAAGCAAAAGUGAGGAUGGAGCUGAAAAAUGAUGCAGCCCCCGUAUUUCGUCCAAAGCGUCCUGUUUCAUAUGCGAUGCGCCCCGCUGUAGACGAGGAGCUAGACCGGCUGGAAAAAGAAGGUAUAAUAACCCGUGUUAAUUUUUCAGCUUGGGCUGCGCCUAUAGUAGUAGUGCGCAAGGCGAGUGGAAGCAUUCGUAUAUGUGGCGACUACUCAACGGGGUUGAAUGAUGCACUCCAGCCUCACCAGUAUCCGAUCCCGCUGCCGGAGGAUAUAUUUUCAACUUUGGCAAAUUCGGCCAUGUUUAGCCAGAUAGACCUCACCGAUGCGUUCCUACAGGUUGAAGUGGAACAAGUGUGCAGAGAGCUGCUAACGGUUAACACACACAGAGGGUUAUAUGCUUAUAACCGACAUCCGCCUGGGGUGAAGGUCGCACCAGGAGCCUUCCAGCAGUUAAUGGAGACCAUGCUAGCUGGGUUAAAGGAUGUGGCGGUGUACCUAGAUGACAUCGUGAUUGGCGGAACGGAUGAACACACCCACAUGGAAAACCUUCGCGCGGUGCUCGCGAAGUUGCAGGAAUAUGGGUUCAAAAUAAGGCCUGAAAAGUGUAACUUUUUCCAAAAGCAAAUUAAAUAUCUUGGUCAUAUUUUAGAUCGUGAUGGACAACGCCCGGAUCCUGCCACGAUUGAAGCGAUUGUGAAGAUGCCUUCCCCGAAGAAUCCUGCUGAAGUACGCUCAUUCCUAGGAGCGAUAAACUAUUAUGGGAAGUUUGUGCCGCAAAUGAGGAAUCUUCGUUACCCGCUUGAUGAGCUAUUAAAAAAAGAUGGGCAAUGGUAUUGGAGUCCAGAAUGUCAGAUUGCGUUUGACACGUUUAAGCGGUUGUUAAGCUCAGACCUCCUUCUGACUUAUUAUGACCCAAAGAAACCGAUAAUAGUGGCAGCUGAUGCGUCGUCAGUGAGAGUAGGAGCCACUAUUACACACAGAAUGCCAGAUGGCACGAUAAAAAUAGUUCAGCAUGCAUCACGCGCUCUUACUAAAACUGAAACAAACUAUAGUCAGCCAGAUCGUGAAGGAUUAGCAAUAAUUUAUGCGGUGACUAAGUUUCAUCGAAUGAUCUUUGGGCGACGUUUCACGCUCCAAACGGAUCAUGCACCCUUGCUGCGUAUUUUUGGCUCGCGCACUGGAAUACCAGUGUAUACCGCGAAUAGAUUGCAACGCUGGGCGUUGACGCUGCUGCUGUAUGAUUUCAGCAUUAAAUACGUAUCUACGGAGAAAUUUGGUAAUGCUGACCUGUUGUCGCGCUUGAUUGCAAAUCAUGAGAAAACGGAUGCAGAAUAUGUUAUUGCUAGCAUCGAAACAGAGAGGGAUUUGCAAGCCAUGAUUGGCUGCGUAACGCAAAUAAUGCCAUUGAUAUUAGAAGAAGUACUGAACGAAACCAACUAAGACCCGGUAUUAAGAAAUGUUAGAGAUUAUGUGGUCAAAGGAUGGCCUAGUAAGAAAGUAGAGAACCAAGAGUUGCGAAAUUUCCAAAGCAGGAGUGAAUCCCUGUGCAUCGUAAACGGAUGUUUACUUUUUGGUGAGCGGUUGGUAAUACCAGGGCCACAGAGAGAAAGAUGUUUACAACAACUACAUUACGGCCAUCCUGGUAUGGAUAAGACGAAAGCGCUGGCAAGUAGCUAAGUAUAUUGGCCCGGAAUAGAUCGAGAGAUAGAGUGAAAAGUUAGAAGGUGCCAUCGGUGUGCAGUGGUUGCUAGUCAUCAAUUCUUAUUCUCAAAGGCCGGAGAUAGUGGCAACAGCAACGAUUUCAGCAAGAGCAACAAUUAGGAUUUUACGUGAAAUUUUUAGCCGUUUUGGAAUGCCUAAUGUUUUAGUAAGCGACAACGGGUCGCAGUUUGUAAGCACGGAGUUUGAGCUAUUUUGUACAUUAAACGGCAUUGAGCAUUUGCGGACAGCCCCCUUCCAUCCGCAAUCCAACGGGCAAGCGGAAAGAUUUGUGGAUACAUUUAAACGGGCACUUAAGAAAAUGGAGGGGGUAGGUGGUACAGUGCAAGAAGCAAUAGAUAUUUUCUUAAUGACGCAUACCGCAUAAGCUUUUGGAACGGAAUCAAUCGCCAGCAGAAGUGAUGAUAGGGCGUAAAAUGCGUACAUGCAUGGAGCUUUUGCGACCGUCUAUGGAUUUGGGCACAGACGUUAAACAUAGAAUACGAUUAAGAAAAUAUGAAUGUAAUGAUCUCGUUUACGCAAAACAGUAUUUUAGAAACAAAUGGAAAUGGGUAUCCGGAACAGUCAGGAAGCGUUUAGACUCGGUUAUGUACGAGAUUGUUACCACAGAAAUUAGACAUUUACGAUCCCACAUUAAUCAGUUGCGUUCUCGAGUGAGUGAUAAACAAUCAAGUCCGUUUAACGUUGAUGAGUCACGUUCGUACCGUAUGUUAGACGUGUUGUUGGAUGCUUGGGGUAUGAACUCGAAUCAAUCGGGAGCUAGCAGGCAGGGAAACGCUGAAAUGAACACGGAUAUAGCUAGGGCACAAUAUACGGAAUCGCCAUCGUUGGCUAUAUCGUCAUCACCCCCAUCAUCCUCAUCGUCUUCACCGCUACUGUAGUCGUCAGCGGUGCAAUCCGAGAGUCCCUCGUCAUCGUCCUCAGAAGAGCUAAGAUCGGCAACAUCUACGGGGUUCGCUACAGCAGAUAGCGGUUCAUCAACGCCGUUACGGCCUCUACGACGUUCUACGAGGAUUCGUAAACCGCCUCAGUGGAUUGAGCAAUACCGCCGGUACUAAAUAGGGGGAGAUGUUGUAGAGUACAAGAUAGGUUGCCGGCCCCUGGGAACGAAGUGAUGAGUACCGCUCGGGUGGAGGGCAUAGCAUCGUGGGUGCAAGGAAGAGAGCGUUCGGGGAAUUAUUACGACACUUCUCCUCCUAGCAAUAGUUUUUUAUAAAGCGAUUACUUAGUACUGUAGGUGACCACGAACUGAGAUGUAAACAAACUCCAGCUAGCGUACAAUAUUCGCUGACGAUUUGAUGAAUUUAUUGUUUUCAGUGGCUUUGACUUGAACGAAUAAAUUACUCUUUUUUCAUUUAUGUUCAUCUAAA